AUGAUCAACAACAAGGUGGCAUGUGAACUGAGUAAUUCAGAUCACUUGCAACACCCAGAAGACCUCAAACCAAGAAAAGACUGGUUCUACAGGGGCACAGAGGUAUGACUAAAUAAUACAAGUUAUCAGUGUCAACUGCUCAACCCAACUUUACGACUUCAAUAUCAUUAUGUAGUAAAGAUUUGCUUCAUUUUUUUUAUAAAACCGCAUUUAUGUAAAGUUACUGGGUCUACUGGAGAUGCAUGCAAUAUAGGUUCGGUCACACUAGCCGUUAUACCCACUUGCAAAUGGCUGUUGCCCAUGCAGAAGCAACUUUGAUUUGUGCGUUACCAACAGUUCUCAAGGUGAAUUUGCCCCCGGAAAAUUUACAUCGAUACGUGAAAUAAAACAAUAGUAAAGUGACGGUGCGCGUAUUGGCGUAUUGUUAACAGUGAUAACAAAUUAAGAUGAUCAGAUGAUGAUUUUCCUACACAUUUUUUAUCAAAUCAGAAUCUUUGCGCCACUAACCCCUGCCUGAACAACGGGACAUGCUACAUGGGAUAUACUGAGAAAAAAUACGCUUGUGUUUGCCCAGCUUACCUCAGAGGUGAAAACUGCGAAGGUAAUUAA